AUGGCCGACGACGAGGAAGAGAGGGUGGAGGAUGCGGCAAGCAGGGAGCCAUCCGAGGCAAGCGAGGAAUUUUCCGAGACUGUCGAAGAACAGUCUACAACAGAAUCUGAAGAGCAAACCUCUUUACAACGUAUGCUUUAUAGUAUUGCUUCAGAACGAGCCAGAGAUUUUUCCUCGUUGAAUAUAUCCAGUGAUAGUAUUGAACUUGUGAGUACAAACAAGUUUUGGACCAGUUUAUUUACAGAAUACUUCAUUGUAGGAAGUUUCAAUGAUGACACUCGAGAUGAUAUGGUAUUCUAUGUUCGUAAAUCACAUAUCAAUAGAGGUAGAAUUCCACAGAUCCAGACUGAAAUUCAAGUCUAUCGGAGAGAUUCCAAAAAACUACCAGCUCUUGUUGAUCGGGGUAUUGACUGGGAAGAAACUGUUUAUUUAAAUCUCAUUCUACAUCAGUUUGAAUACACUGUAACAUGUGCCAUUUGCACACGAACAAGUGAAAAGGAUCUUCAAAUAUUAAAAAAAUUUACACAGAAAGUUUACCCAUCUCCUAGUCGAAGGCGAAUGGACAGUAAAGGGACUGAGGAGGAAAUUGCUUACCCAAAUAUCUUUUAUUCUGUGGACAAUUUUGAGGAGGCAUUUGCUGAUAUUAUUGUGAGAGACAGUGAAAUCAUCUGUGUGGAACUGGUGGCCACUGACCAUGAUGGUAAAUUUCAAGGUGUUAUCUUCCUUGGUUCUAUCAAAUAUGAAGCACUUAAAAAGGUUUAUGAUGCUAGAGCAAGUCUAACAUCUCGUUGGGCACACACAAUGUCAUUAGGGUGGUUUAAAGGACAUAAACGAGUUGAAUUUGUGCGUAUGCGAGGUCCUCAUGGAAAAGGAUUUGCUGAAAUGGCAGUUAGCAGGGUGAAAGGAUCUGGUCCUGAGACCCCAGAUAUGGAGAAUUUCCCUGUUGAUGAUUUUGAAGAUGAGGAUGAUACAAUGGCCGGAAAAUUAUCCAAGGAUGACAAACAAAACUCUUACAAUGAACGCAGAAUGAGUGACCCCAGUUCCACAGUUGGCUCUUUUAUGCGAGGAAGUUUCCGCAAGCUCAACAUUAAGAAGUCUCGCUCUGCUGCUGGUGAUGUUUCAUGUUGUUCUUUCUCUUUUUUUUCUCUUUUUUUUUCUUUCUCUUUUUUUUUUUUUCUUUUUUUUUCUUUCUUUUUUUUUUCUUUCUCUUUUUUUUUCUUUCUCUUUUUUUUUUCUUUCUCUUUUUUUUUCUUUCUCUUUUUUUUUCUUUCUCUUUUUUUCUUUCUCUUUUUUUUCUUUCUCUUUUUUUUUCUUUUUUUUUUUCUUUCUCUUUUUUUUUCUUUCUUUUUUUUUCUUUCUCUUUUUUUCUUUCUUUUUUCUUUUCUUUCUUUUUCUUUUCUUUCUCUUUUCUUUUCUUUCUCUUUUCUUUUCUUUCUCUUUUCUUUUCUUUCUCUUUUCUUUUCUUUUCUCUUUUCUUUUCUUUCUUUUCUUUUCUUUCUCUUUUCUUUUCUUUCUCUUUUUUUUUUCUUUUUCUUUUCUUUCUCUUUUCUUUUCUUUCUCUUUUCUUUUCUUUUCUUUUCUUUUCUUUCUCUUUUCUUUUCUUUCUCUUUUCUUUUCUUUCUCUUUUCUUUUCUUUCUCUUUUCUUUUCUUUCUCUUUUCUUUUCUUUCUCUUUUCUUUUCUUUCUCUUUUCUUUUCUUUCUCUUUUCUUUUCUUUCUCUUUUCUUUUCUUUCUCUUUUCUUUUCUUUCUUUUUCUUUCUUUCUCUUUUUUUCUUUCUCUUUUCUUUUCUUUCUCUUUUCUUUUCUUUCUCUUUUCUUUUCUUUCUCUUUUCUUUUCUUUCUCUUUUCUUUUUUCUUUCUCUUUUCUUUUCUUUUCUUUCUUUUUCUUUUCUUUCUCUUUUCUUUUCUUUCUCUUUUCUUUUCUUUCUCUUUUUUUUUCUUUCUCUUUUCUUUUUCUUUCUCUUUUCUUUUCUUUCUUUUCUUUUCUUUUCUUUUCUUUUCUUUCUUUUCUUUCUCUUUUCUUUUCUUUCUCUUUUCUUUUCUUUUCUCUUUUCUUUUCUUUCUCUUUUUCUUUCUCUUUUCUUUUCUUUCUCUUUCUUUUCUUUUUCUCCUUUCUUUUCUUUCUCUUUCUUUUCUUUCUCUUCUUUCUUUUCUUUCUCUUUUUUUUUUUUUUUCUUUUUCUUUUCUUUCUCUUUUCUUUUCUUUCUUUUCUUUCUUUCUCUUUCUUUUCUUUCUCUUUUCUUUUCUUUCUCUUUUCUUUUCUUUCUCUUUUCUUUUCUUUCUCUUUUCUUUUCUUUCUCUUUUCUUUUCUUUCUCUUUUCUUUUCUUUUUCUUUUUCUUUCUCUUUUUUUUCUUUUCUUUUUCUUUCUCUUUUCUUUUCUUUCUCUUUUCUUUUCUUUCUCUUUUCUUUUCUUUCUCUUUUCUUUUCUUUCUCUUUUCUUUUUCUUUCUCUUUCUUUUCUUUCUCUUUUCUUUUCUUUUCUCUUUUCUUUUCUUUCUCUUUUCUUUUCUUUCUUUCUUUUCUUUUCUUUUCUUUUCUUUUCUUUUCUUUUCUUUUCUUUCUCUUUUCUUUUCUCUUUUCUUUUUUCUUUUUCUUUCUUUCUUUUUCUCUUUUCUUUUCUUUCUCUUUUCUUUUCUUUCUCUUUUCUUUUCUUUCUCUUUUCUUUUCUUUCUCUUUUCUUUUCUUUUUCUUUUUCUUUUCUUUUCUCUUUUCUUUUCUUUUCUCUUUUCUUUCUUUCUCUUUUCUUUUCUUUUCUCUUUUCUUUUCUUUCUCUUUUCUUUUCUUUCUCUUUUCUUUUCUUUCUCUUUUCUUUUCUUUCUCUUUUCUUUUCUUUCUCUUUUCUUUUCUUUUUUCUUUUUUUUCUUUUUCUUUUCUUUCUUUUUUCUUUUCUUUCUUUUUCUUUUCUUUCUUUUUUCUUUUCUUUUUCUUUUCUUUCUUUUUUCUUUUCUUUUUCUUUUCUUUCUUUUUUCUUUUCUUUUCUUUCUCUUUUCUUUUCUUUCUUUUCUUUCUCUCUUUUCUUUUCUUUUCUUUCUUUUCUUUCUUUUUCUUUUCUUUUCUUUUUUCUUUCUCUUUUCUUUUCUUUUCUCUUUUCUUUUCUCUUUUCUUUUCUCUUUUUGA